UGUUGCUAAAUUAUUGCGUACUUUUGUUAGGAUUUUAAUGCUGGCUCGAGAUUACAGCCAACGGAGAGUUGCUUUUGGUCAAACUAUAGCAAAUUUUCCAUUGCAUAUGCAGGUUUUGUCUAGAAUGGAAGUAGAAAUCAGAGGUUCAUUACUGUUAUUGCUAAAGGUUGCUAUCCUGCUUGGAAAAUCCGAAUUGGGUGUUGCUACUGUAGAUGAGUUAUUGUUACUGCGCUUAAUGUCUCCAGUACUGAAAAUGUACACUGCCAAGCAGGCAGUUUCUGUGGUUUCUGAAGGCUUAGAAGUAUUUGGAGGACAAGGGUACAUGGAAGAUAGUCGCCUACCAGUAAUAUUUCGAGAUUGCCAGGUGUUACCAAUAUGGGAAGGUACUACAAGUGUAUUGUCAAUGGAUGUUGUCAGAAGCUUCUCAAAAACAAGGUAUGAAGUUCUCUCAGCUCUUCACAGAAGUAUAAUUUCAAGCAUAGAAAAUGCAAAGCAAAAUCCUGAUCUGAAGGAUGCCUGUUUAAAGGUUGAAACGAGUAUAAAGCAUAUAACUGGUUUUGUAGAAAAGUUUUCACACCUGCUUAAUGUAGCGGCUAAAGAUAUCUCAUUCAGCAUUGCUAGAACAUAUAUAGGGGCUCUACUCAUUGAAAAUGUCUGGCUCACUAAGAAUUUAACUGACCUAACUGCUGCUAGAAGGUAUGUUUAUUAGUUUAUAUGCAUAAUUAUAUUAGUUAAGUAAAAAUAUUUAGCACAAACUGUUUUACGGUGAACCAAAAAUAUUUUACAUAUUUUCCAUCUCCUACCAGCAGUAUCUACUUUUAUUACAUAUACAUUUAUUCUAUUUGGAAUUCUAGUAUGUUUGGUAGAUACCAAUUUGAUAUUUUCUGUUACAACAUUUAUCAAUAUAAAACCAAUAAAUAUCAUGAUAAACUAAAAUUUUAGUCAUGCUUGAAUAUGUAAUAUGUAAAAUUUCUAGAAUAUUCAGAAUUUGCAAGAACUUAUCCUUCAUUUUUAAUCCGUGAGGAUGUGUGCUCCAUUCUCGUACUUAUGAAGCAUUUCUAAUUCCACCAUUAUUAUAUCUUUUUCUCAAAUUAUUAUUGCCUGAAAUAUGUUUUGUAGAGUACAUCU